CAACCAUGCUCUUGUUCGCGAGCGUGGUGGUUUAGCUGGAAACGCCGGAGAUGGGGGGCAGAGGCCGGCCGAGAAAGAAAGAUCCGCCGCCCAAGGGUGGGUCUGCAACAAAAACCAGAGAUCUGAAAGAUGAUAAUGGGGAGCAAAAUAGCAUCUCAGUUGAGGAAACCAACAAAGAGCAAACAGAGGUCGUGAAGCUUGCUGCUCACAAUCCUCACCAGAUGGGUCUUGAAAGUGAGAAAUCAGGGCGUUUGAGCCCAGAUCUAGGGGAGAAAGAAGGGGACGAUGAAGGGAUUUUGCUAGAUCUAGCUGUCUCGACGCAAGGCCAGAGGAAAAGCAGAUCUGAUGCUGGUUCCAGGGAUGAUAGAGCAGAUAAGGGGAAGAACGAGGCCGACCCCGUGGAAGGGAAAGCAGCGAAGGGAAAGAAGGGAGUGCACUCGGAGACUCAGCCCUCUGUCAUCCAGAUGAAGCAACCUGCGGGGGAAAAGGAAGCUGGUUCUACAUCCGGUACGGCGAGUUCUCCUAGUGUUCGGUGGAGUGACCUGAUUGAGAAGGAGAAAGGGGAAGUUCAACCAUCCCUAAAGCAGAAGCCACUGCGUAGUUGGGCUUCGGUUGUGGAAGGGAAUAGGGAUAUCAGUAAAGGAUGGGAUUUGCAAUACAUAAAACCUCAAGAUCCAACUGGUGCUGUGGUUAUUACCGAGGAUGAGUGGGUUCAAGGGUCAAAGAUUUGGGAGAAUGCUCUUGUUGGGUAUGUUCUGGGAUCUAAACCUGAGUUUAAGGAUAUUGCUAAUUUCGUGAAUAACAGGUGGAGGGAAUUCCAGGUGCCUAAGGCAUUUAUGCUGCGAAAUGGAGUUUUCUUAUUUGAUUUUGGUAAUGGAAACGCAAAGCAGGCGGUGCUAGAGAGGCGCUGGACAUUUAAUGGGCACCCUUUGAUUUUGAAACAGUGGACUCCAGAUUUUGAUCCUGACAAUUUGGAUAUCAGUAAGAUUCCUGUCUGGAUCCAAUUUCCUGAACUCCAUUUGAGUCUUUGGAACCCUGAGAGCUUAGGAAAGCUAGCAAGUUAUGUAGGAGUUCCUAUUGCAACUGAUGCAUUAACAGCCAAAAGGCAAAGAGUGGCUUAUGCUCGUAUGCUAGUAGAGAUGGAAAUCACGGACACUCUGCCCCGUGUAAUUCCUAUUAUUGGUCCAAAGGGUGUGUUCCAACAGCCUGUGGUCUAUGAAUGGGAGCCUAUCAGAUGUGGUAAAUGUAGAAACCUGGGGCAUGAAGAGAGGAAAUGCACUGCUAAGGAAAAAAAGUUGUGGGUUCCAAAAAAACCUGCCGAGGAGCAGGUGUGCAAACUGCUACAAAUGUGAAGCAGAGUA